AUGAGCAAGAGGCCAUUCAAGUCACAAGCCAGCAGCGGCCGGGCUGGAGGCGGUUUCGGUGCCUUUGGAAACGCCAGCUUCGGUUCGACACAGUCAUCGGUCUUGUCAUACAUCCAAGAGCCACCGGACUACUCCCUGAUCAGCGAUGCAAACCUGGUGCCUGCCUUCAAGAAUCUGACCAAGAAGGAUAGCACGACCAAGGCCAAGGCACUCGAAGAUCUGCAGAACUCUCUUAUAUCGUCCGAUCGCGAUCUCGAAGAUGCUGUGGUUGAAGCAUGGGUCAAACUUUAUCCUCGCCUUUCCAUUGACAAUGCUCGUCGGGUACGCCAGCUUGCCCACGUCCUGAACGGUCAGAUUUGCUCCAAGUGCGGCAAGCGAGUAGCAAAACAUCUCCCUCGCAUCUCUGGUCCUUGGCUGGCUGGAACAUUUGACGUCGACAGACUAGCAGCGAAAGCCGCUCAGGAUGCCCUUGCCAAUGUGUUCCCCAGCUCAGAAAAGAUCCAAGGUCUAAGGAAGACCUUCCAUCAAUCGAUUCUGGAAUACUGCAGAGAUGCUCUUGUCAACGAGAGUGUAUCGACUCUCAGCGACGAGAGGACUGUCAGCCCUGAUGACGCCCAGGCCACUUACGCACGAGUCAUAUCGACAAGCAUCUCAGUUGUAACCAGUCUACUGGAGACGCUACCCCCUGAUGAGGUGUCGAAGCAAAUCCACAUCUAUGAAGAGAUUCUAGGCGACGCAAAGGUAUGGGAAUUUGCGUCGCAUGAUGAUCCCAGCGUCCGUCGCGCCGUUCACAGACUCGUUCAAGUGUGUCUGAAGAGGCAACCAUCGCUCGUAAAAUCUAAUGUCAAGGCUGCAAGCAAAUCAUAUGUCUACAAAGGCUUGUCCUCAGACCAGGCGAGCUCGGCAGUAGACUUUAUACAGACUCUUGACGCACUAACUACAGCAUUGCCGACUAUUUGGACUGAUGCAUACAGCGGAAAAAAGUCCGCAAUCUCCAGACUGCAGCAAGGCUUGAAGCGUGGAGCUCAUGGAGGCCCGUCUGGAUACUGGGACGUCAUGAGAGACACAUUCCGUAAACUUCCCCAAGAAGUCUUACCAAAGAGCCAAGGCGAAGCCACCGAUUUGUUUCUAGCGGCACGAGAUGGAGUCUCCAAGCGAGAAGAACGGUUCAACGCAUCAGCGGCGUGGCCAGCCUACUUCACACUCGUCGAUAUCGUUACUUCGGCGCUUCCAGAGGAGAUCACUGAGAGCCUUCUAGAAGAGUUCGCUUUGCCCCCAGUCAACCAAUACAUACAUCCUCAAGACGAGAAUGCGAAAUGGAGUAUCACUGGCGCAAGAUCGGCUCUGCUGGUGUCUAAAGUAGCGUUGAUCGGACGCCUACCGCCUCUGCUGGAACGGAAGUGGCCACAUCUGGCAGACAAGUUAGUCGAAUUGGCGAAAAUGUCACAACCCGAGCAAUCGAAAGACUUUGACAAGUCACAAAAGCAUGUGGCAGCCGCGGGUGAGCGGUGGGCUGAUCUUCAAAGAGAAUUAUACUCUCAAGAAUACCACUUGCCAGACUCUACCAAAGACGCAUUUGCAGCGGCGAGCCUCAAGGUAUUACAAGAGUGCAUCGCGUUACUCAAAGCUCGCCAAGGGAAGCCCUACGGUGCGGCAGCAAUCAUCGAAGAGCAGCUACGCGCCAACGCACCUCAACUCAUGGCCAGGCAGGACUUCCAACAAGUUCUCAAGACUUUUGUGACGAAUAAGCUACCUCGCUUGAUGUACAGCCCAUCGCAAAGACAUCUGGCUCGAUGCCUGUAUGCCACUGGUGGCGAUCCAGAAUUUGAAAAGCUUUUCCAGGACACCUUGCAGGCUGUACUGGACGCAGAGGAGUCAACAGAACCUAAGCUUAGGGCUCUUCAUGCGCUGUUGCCGACGAAGACACCACAAAGAGCUGUGGAGCUUGCGCGAAAUCACCGAGGUCUGCAGGAAUAUAUUGCAUCUCAGCAUUUUGCCGGCGACGAUUCAGUGACUUUGACACUUCUUUCGGACUUGCUCAAGACUGGUGUGGUUGCACAACAGACGACUGACACGGUACUGUCAGGGUUGACAGCGUCGUUAUCGGUUCCUGACUCUCACGCACAAUCGAGCCUUGCCGCUGUAGAACAGUUGGCUUUGAGCGACCAGUCCUCCGUACGAACCUUCAUGGAGAGCGAUGCAGGCAAGCAGCUUCUGCCCAAUGUGUUACAUCUAGAACAGUCUCCAGAUGAUGCGGUGGCCGAGAAGGCAACUUCCCUAUCCGGACGUUUGUCCUCAGCAAUGGGAAGUGCUGCAACCGAUGCAAAGUACAGUAUUAUCCUGCAGAAUUUGGAGACCGUGUCUCACAGAUCUCUGUCCAUUGAUGCAGUACUCGAGCUCCUGGAGAAGGUCUCUUCGUCUGCCUCGGAACCUUCAACGGUCCAAGACCUGCUGCCCAGCCUCAAGACCUGGCGACAGUCUAUUCUCGCCAUCGUGCGGCCACCAAAAGCCUCACUGAGUCUUCUGAGUCCACUAAGUGGAGCAGUGCACCUCAUUCAUUCGGACGCAGCUGAUGCGUACGAUGCGGCCCAUUACGACGGGGAAGGCCUUUCUCAGGGGCUGAGGAUCGCCAUCUACAUGUCCAAGGUCUUGAACAACCCAGAGGUACUCAAGCAGCUUGGCAACGAUGCUCUACCCAUGCUCGUGCUUCUCAACAUCUGCGUAUUGCUCGCUGAAGACAAUACAAGCGUUCUUGGUGCUAAUGGACUGUGGCUGCCUGCAGCAACGAUCGCUUUCGAGGACGACGUCAUGGACUUUAUCUCAAACGCCAACACCGUACUCAGAACAUACUGGGAGAGCCUCGGACCUGCUUCUGCUGAGAGUGCAUUCUUCGACUCGCUCGAUGACUUGAAGAGUCAGGCUCAGAAUGAGGGGCCAAUGGCAUACUACGCCAUGCUCGCCUCCACGAAAGCAUACGAUAAUGUCUUCGAGCUGCAUGGAUAUUCCACAGAGGCCACAAAAUCAAGCGACGAAUCGCUGAAAGCCAAAAAGGCGGCCAAGGAUCCACUGGUAUUGUCUUCAUUCAUCGUGGGCCAUGCUCAGCCACUUGCAGGAAGCCAGUCAUUGACUCGGCUUUUCAACGAGCUCGUUGCUGAUCUGACUGACCUCAGCGUGGACUCGGGCCAUCAGGACGCCAUUCUGACGCCACUUGUCGUCCUCAACGCAGUUCUACACACCCAAGAUGACAUUGUCGACAAGGUCCAGAAGACGCGUCUCAUAUUUUUGGUCAAGCACAUCGUGCCAUGGCUUGCGACAGAUAUUUCUCUUGCUUCGAAAGCAGAAGUAUGCAAAGCGCUGUCACUGCUCUUGCCAGCCAUGUCAGACACCUACGGCGAGCACUGGUCGCAGAUCAUUGAAUGGAUCCCUUCGUUCUGGAGAUCCGCCGAGAUGCUCUCCGAUGGCAAAAUCGUUGCUGAGCAGGGCAUCAUUCUAGUCCAUUCUUCACUGAAGCUCUACUCUGCCCUCCACAAGCUCACCAAAGACGACGACCCCAAUGACGAUCUCAUGGAUGCCAUGAAGGACAACAACGACCAACUCUUCUAUGGAGUGUUCGAGGUCUUAAAGUCAGCGAAUGGGAUCUCAGACGAAACCCAUCAACCCAUGAUGGUCACGAACGAGCUGCUGGGACGCGAGCUGUCCCGUAUGCCAUUCCAAUCGAUCACCGACUUUGAGGAACUCUUCCCGCUCAUGUACACCCCAUCACAUGCCCUUCAAGGUGCAGCAUUCGAUCUGCUCCAUCGCCAGAUUCCAGCAAGUCAAGAACAGAUCUCAUUCGAUGCUGCUCUUGAAGACAAAACGGCGCAACUACCAGACGAGCUUCUCUCACUCAUCAUCGAUGCACCAACGCUGGACUCGCUUGCAGAUGCAUCGUUCGACCGAGCCAUGCCCCUUCAGUUGCAAGGCUUCCUGAACAGUUGGCGCCUGACGUUCGAUCAUUUCACCAACUCUAGCUAUCGUGUCAAGAGUGAUUAUGUGGAUCAACUAAAAGAGGGAGGCUACCUUUCAGGACUGCUUGACCUCAUUUUCGACUUCUUGGAUCAUACAAGAGGCAAGCCUGUCGAUGCAUCGAAGUUCAACUUGCAACAAUACGAGGACGGCGUGGAGUCGGACGUGGAGCGAGACGUACAAUGGCUAUUGAGUCAUCUGUACUAUCUAGCUCUGUCCAAUGUUCCAAGCUUAGUGAAAAGCUAUUUCUUGGAGAUUCGGUCACGUCAAACGACGCAAGCUAUCGAAAGCUGGACCGCGAAAUACGUUGCUCCUCUGAUCAUUGAUGCAAGUCUGCAGAAUGUGUCUGAUUGGGCGGAGAAGAGCGUCAAAGACGAUCCUGACUGUGAGAACAUGACCGUGAGGGUCGGCAUGAGAAGCAAGGAGAUCAACGUUAGCUACCUCGUGGAUGAGCAGACGAUGGCGAUCAAGGUCAUCCUGCCCGAGACGUAUCCCCUCGACUCUGCCAAGGUCGUCAGCGUGAAUCGUGUAGCUGUCAAAGAAGAGAAAUGGCAGAGCUGGCUGCGCAACUGUCAGGGAGUGAUUACAUUCUCCAACGGCAGCAUCACAGACGGUCUCACAGCCUGGCGCAAGAACGUCAUCGGCGCUCUCAAAGGCCAGACUGAGUGCGCCAUUUGCUACUCCAUCAUCAGCGGCGACAAGCAACUCCCCACGAAGCGAUGCCCGACUUGCAAGAAUCUGUUCCAUUCGAGCUGUUUGCUCAAGUGGUUCAAGACGAGCAACGCGAGCACCUGUCCACUGUGCCGGAAUCCAUUCAACUUCAAUUGA